UAUUACAUUUAACUACCCCAAACAUUGAACCUGUGGCUUUUAGGCCUCCUUCAGAGACCCCCGUUACGCGGCUCAGCUCCAUCUGUGUAUUGUGCUGCCAUCUAUUGGAAGAUGCCGCUUGUCGGUUAACAGUUUGUAAGUGAGCGAAGUUCUCGUCCCUGCGUCCCAAAUCUUCUCCUACUCAGAAACCAGAUGAUGAAGCGUCAGAAGAACCCUCCGUCAAUCCCCCCGGGAGCUCCGGCGUACACAGUUCAACAGCCGCUCGGAAGAAUACCGAAGGACUUCAAAGAAGCAAUGCUACACGUCCCAGUGAAGCUGGCACAUCACAAAAACAACAGCGUACGUGACGUGGGUGCUAAAACCAAACCAGCCCCAGAACGUGCAGUGAAACCUUCCGAUGAUAAAUGGAGGUCUUCAUUCAAGCCAUUGGGACAACAAGAUGACUCUCAGGAGAAAAGCCCUGACAGAUCACCAAGGGUUGAAAUAUAUGAUCCUUACAACCAAGACUUGUCUGACUGUGAGCCAGGGAUGCUAGAUGCCCAAAACCACAACGAAUCCCCACCUAAUGAGGAUUACGGCCAGUGUUCGUCUCCAAGUAGAGGCUUCGGUAAAAAGCGUUGCUGGGGAUCAAGCUACUCCGAGUCAGUAAACCAAUCCCUCGACAGAAGUGACUUUGACCCUGAAACCAGAUCCGCUCAAAGUCAAAGUGUCAGUCCAAGUCAUAGAGAACGACCGGGUUAUGACUCCAUAAGCAGACAUUUAGACCACAGGGUCUGCAGCCCUGACAGGCUUAUUCACGCCUCCUCUGCCCAAAACCUUCCUGCAAUUUAUGGAGGACAGAUGACCAACGGGGAGGAGAGUAUAAUCCUCCCAGACUACGAAAGAGAGAUGAACACCACUGUUAGAUUAUCCCCACCCAGGUUACAGCAGGACUAUCACCAGUCGAAAUACUUGAGAACAGAACGGGACCAAGUCUCCCCUUUCACAGAGGAUUCAAAAAACUGCAACAUAAAAAUAGUAAUGGACAAGAGACCCAUCACUUGUGACCUUUGUGAAGUUGAGUUAGCCAAUGGUGGGGAGCUGGACGAUCAUUUGGAGAGCAAGGGUCAUUGGGACACCCUGGAGCACAUCCAGCAGCAAAAUAAUUAUGAUGAUCUGGCUAUAGCCUUCCUACAGGAAGUCAUGCAGUAUAAAAGCCAUCAGUGCAGCCGAGCUAUAGAGGAUGGUGCGCUUCAAGCUCUGCAGGAAAAUGACCACAUGACAAAGAUUGAAGUGUUCCACUGUGCAGCUUGCAGUAUCUUUGUAUCAACAUCUGCAUCCUCAGUCCAGACCCACAUUACUUCUCAGGAGCACCUCAGCAACAUAAAGGGGUUUCAUGUGCGGCAGAGACGUUCUUGCCUUGACAAAGCAGAAACCAUGAUGAAGGAGCUGAAACCUCAGUUUGAACACUUUCUGAAGGGCGGCAGCCCAUUUGAAUGAUGGAAGUAAUCGGAAGACUGAAAUCCUGUUUACACCGAGAAGCUGCUUUAAACAUCUAUCACAGCCACAUAUAAAUGCUGAUGUGCCACUGAUGUACAGUACGUCACUUAGAAUGCUUGUUUACUCUGAUUAAAAUGGAGGUAUUUUGUUCACACAA